GGACGUGUGUUGCGGGAGCGCGUUAGAAAUUUGCUUCGAAUCAAUUUAUCGUGCGUCUGCGUCGUUGUGUGAGCAAAAAGUGUAGCAAUAAUAUUCAAAAGGCGGCCAUUCGACAGGACGAGGGCGAGGACGAGGACGAUUGCCGUUACCCAUAAGCUGUUAGCUGUUAGCCGUUUGCCGUUUGCCGUUGGCCAUUAGCCGAUAGCCGAUAGCCAAUAGCUUUUAGCAAUUUGCCAGCGCACAUUCAGGACUCGAGCAGCGAGCAGCGAGGAGCGAGGAGCGAGGAGCAUCGUCGUCGUUUGUGCGUCGCGCGGGGGCGGAGCAGCAGGCGGCGCGUGCGUCUGUCGCAUUGACCUGGUCGGCAGUUCUCAAUCCGGCAGUCCAAGUCGUAGUCGUUGUCGUUGUCGUUGUCGUUGUCGUUGUCGUUGUCGUUGUCGUUGUCGUCGACGUCGAGGUCAAGGAAAAUGUCUUCGCCAUUAGCGCAGAGCAACAGUAGCCAGUCACAGUCGCAGUCGCAGUCGCAGUCGCAGUCAUCAGCAGCAGCGGCGGCAGCGCAACAGCAAAAUCAAAAGUCAAAUACGGCUGCCAGCAGCGGCGUCAACAAUACACAUGAUAAGAAUGCGGCUGGAACGACGGGGACGACAGCGGCAGCAGCAGCAGCAGCUGGAGCAGCAGCAGGAGCAGCAUCAACAGUCGCUGCGCCGCAAAGCCCCACAAAACGGAGCACAUUAUCCACAAAGGAGCGUGUGAUCGAUAGCGUACCGUUUCCACCAAGCCGGAAGCUAACCUGCGCCGAUGUGUUUGAUGCCCGCACCGGCAAGCCGCAUCACGACGUACUUAAGCAGCAUUUCAUACUGGAGGGACGCAUCGAGGAGAGCGCCGCGCUUCGCAUCAUCCAAGAGGGCGCCACACUGCUGCGCCAGGAGAAGACAAUGAUCGAUAUUGAGGCGCCGGUCACUGUCUGCGGCGAUAUACAUGGCCAGUUCUACGAUCUUAUGAAGCUAUUCGAAAUUGGCGGCUCGCCGGCGACAACAAAAUACCUGUUCCUUGGCGAUUAUGUGGACCGGGGCUAUUUUAGCAUUGAGUGCGUCCUCUAUUUGUGGUCGCUGAAGAUCACGUAUCCGCAGACGCUGUUCCUGCUGCGCGGCAAUCACGAGUGUCGGCAUCUGACCGAGUACUUUACCUUCAAGCAGGAGUGCAAGAUCAAAUACUCGGAGCGGGUGUACGACGCGUGCAUGGAUGCGUUCGACUGCCUGCCAUUGGCGGCGCUCAUGAACCAGCAGUUCCUCUGCGUGCACGGCGGCCUGUCGCCCGAAAUACACGAGCUGGAGGACAUAAGGCGGCUCGAUAGAUUCAAGGAGCCGCCCGCCUUUGGCCCCAUGUGCGACCUGCUGUGGUCCGAUCCGCUCGAGGACUUUGGCAACGAGAAGAACUCGGACUUCUACACGCACAAUUCGGUGCGUGGCUGUUCGUAUUUCUACAGCUACGCCGCCUGCUGCGACUUCCUGCAGAACAACAAUCUGCUGUCGAUCAUACGGGCACACGAGGCGCAGGACGCCGGCUACCGCAUGUACCGCAAGAGCCAGACCACCGGUUUCCCCUCGCUGAUCACCAUCUUCUCGGCGCCCAACUAUCUCGACGUGUACAACAACAAGGCGGCGGUACUCAAGUACGAGAACAACGUGAUGAACAUCCGGCAGUUCAAUUGCUCGCCCCAUCCGUACUGGCUUCCCAACUUCAUGGACGUGUUCACCUGGUCGCUGCCCUUUGUUGGCGAGAAGGUCACCGAGAUGCUGGUGAACGUGUUGAACAUCUGCUCCGAUGAUGAGCUAAUGACCGAGGAGAGCGAGGAGCCGCUCUCGGACGACGAGGCAGCGCUGCGCAAGGAGGUCAUCCGGAACAAGAUACGCGCCAUUGGCAAAAUGGCGCGCGUCUUCUCCGUGCUGCGCGAGGAGUCCGAGUCAGUGCUACAGCUGAAGGGGCUGACGCCGACGGGCGCCCUGCCCCUCGGCGCCCUCUCCGGCGGCAAGCAGUCCCUCAAGAAUGCCAUGCAGGGCUUCUCGCCCAAUCACAAGAUUACCUCGUUCGCGGAGGCCAAGGGACUCGAUGCGGUGAACGAGCGGAUGCCGCCGCGCCGCGACGCAAGCCCCUCGCCGGCGGAGGAGGGCCAGAAAUCACUGUCAGCGGCGGCGGCAGCAGCGGCCAAUGCAAAUGCGAAUUCAAUCAAUGGAUAAUUCUAAGUCAGUAGCAGAGUAAAAAGCAGCAAAGUGCAAGCGUGGCAGAGCUGUGGAGCAGCAGCUGCAAAGUCAGUUUUAGAUGUCGAGAGUUAUGUUAAAAGCGAGCGCAAAAUGCGUAUGGUGGGAGGAGUGCAUGUGCGAGCGAGUGCGAGUGG